GAGAGAGAGAGAGAAAAUGAGAGACGUGCUGUCAGAGUGAGAGCUGAAGGACAUGCAUCCAUUUCUACACAAUUUCAGACUGUCGCUACUUUCAUUUACUCAUAUCCAGGCGCUUUUCUUCACAAGAGGCUAAUAAUGCUAAUUAACGCAACGGGUGGAUUUAUUUCCUGAAAUAUUAAAGAGCGCACUAAAUCCUUUUCCCGAAAUCUAUUUUUUUCGAUUUUAUUUCGAUCAUUGUUGCAGGUGUUAAACGCAACAGCUUUCGUCUGCAGGAGUCUCAUUUUAAGAAAUAGAGGUUUAUACGUCUGUCAUUAAAAACCUUCAAUCUGGAAUCACUGCUUGACAACGGACGAGGACGAAAUGAUGGCAUUAUUCUGACAACAUGAAAAAGAAAAAGUGCGGAGGAAUAAUAUUGCACUGCUCUUGAAAUCACCAUAUGAAGGUGGAGAAAGACUGAUUGGAGAGAGUUUGUAUUUUAGAUGCAAACAUAUGCCCAAAUAAUGCAGAGCACUGAUGGUAAUGUGAUGAGUCUUGCAUUUGUCACAGAUAUUGCUGGAAGGAGCAAGAGGAGAGGAGGGGGUGUCAGAGAGAGGGUGGACGAGAGAAGGCGAUAGAGAGAGAGAGAGAGAGCGCUCAGAGCGAUUAGAUGUGGAUGGGUUCAUAGAGUUGAGGAGCAGAGCACAAACAUAUCUGCUGGAGCCUGGUUGCCAUGGAUCCCCCUCCCUCUCUGAGUCUGGCCCUUCUCAGUGCGAGCGAAGACGAAGAGCAACGUCUGCCCCUUCCUCUCGGUGGUCUCUCCCAUGCUUCCCUUUCUGGCAACUACCCUGGGACCAACCACUCGAAUCACACUGGAGGCAACAGCAGCUUGGAGCGUCUCAAUGGCACUCCGUCGCCCACCACACCGAACCUUCCCCCGGCAUCGCUGCCCAAGCUGCCCUUGUCCACGACACCAAUCCCCAACGCUCUCCACCCCACCAGCACACCGCUCUCCUCCUGCCUGGGCAGCCAACAUAGCCUGAGCGGGGAGACCUCGCCUGUCUACAACGCUCUGUUCUACUCCUCUCAUUCGCCUUCCACUGAGCGAGAGCGGGAGAGGGGAUGCAAGCACAGGCAGGCCAGUCCGCUGGUGCACAGGCGGGACAGUAACCCCUUUACCGAGAUUGCCAUGAGCUCUUGCAAGUACAGCGGCGGCGUGAUGAAGCCGCUCAGCCGCCUCAGUGCCUCCCGCCGGAACCUCAUCGAGUCCGACAGCGGAAGUGACACCAAAGAGGGCGGGGCGAGUGGGAGCCAGGUGACCGCGGCCUCCUCUCAACACAGUCAGCCCCAAACCCAGAACCCCCCAGAGAUUGUUAUCUCCUCAAAAGAGGAUCCUCCUUACGGACACGCUUACGAACUCGAGGCCUCGGCCAAUCAAAUGUCCAUCUACCACCAGAACCACGCCCUCUCUGAGAGCAGGGGUGUGCUGGGAGGCGUGGCACGGGGCGGGACUAAUGGAAGGAGGGGCGGUGCUGUCGUGGGAGGGCCGGGGAGGACCGCUUCCAAAGCCAGUAAACGUAAGAAUCAGAACAUUGGCUACAAACUAGGCCACAGGAGGGCACUGUUCGAAAAGAGGAAGAGACUUAGCGACUAUGCGCUCAUAUUCGGCAUGUUUGGCAUUGUUGUCAUGGUGAUUGAGACCGAGCUGUCCUGGGGUGUCUACACUAAGGUGAGGACUUUGUGUACUGGCAACUGGGGUGAAUUGUUCAAAUCAGUUCAAGUUUAUUUGUAUAGCGCUUUUUUUUUUGCAAAGCAGCUUUACAGAAAAUUACGUUUCUACAAUAUUCAGUAGUAGCUUAUCAGUGGUGACUGUCAGUUUAUGUGCAUAUGACAGGAAUUUUCAGAACAAUUAAUACAAGACGUAGUCAACCAGAUGAUGAACACUAUUAACAGCAAUUAUUAUAUGAUGCAGUCACACUUGUAGCAGUAUUUGGUAGUUCUGUAUGUUUUAGGGUUAGCAUCAUCUGGGGUCUUCUGAGGGGUCUGCGUCAUCUCUUCUCAGGAGUUCUGGAUCCAGACUGGAGCUUGUGUAAAUCCUAGUCCGUGGCAAACCAAAGAAACAAAUAGAGACAUAAUUAGCGUAGCUGCUGUUCCAACCAAGUAAAAUUUAUUAGUUUAACCCAAUAAUGUGCAUUUGAUCAGAUACAAAAUGCGUUACAAAUUAUGAGAUGCAUUAUGUGAAUCUUUGGUGAAAGAGAUGUGUUUUUAAUCUAGAUUUAAACUGAGAGAGCGUGUCUGAACCCGGACUUUAUCAGGAAGGCUAUACAAAAAGUCCAGCAUUUUGUGACCUUAGGGAGUGUGAUGGAUUGUAGCGAGGUAUAAGGCUUGUUGUGCACGAGGACACAUCCUGCUGGUCCUUCUCUGUGUGUGAAUGAGAAUAUGUCUGUGUUUCCAAUAUUAUGUUCCUAUAAUAACAGUGGUAAAACUUGGAUGCAGCCAUACACUGAUGCAGCCUGUAAUGUAAGAGACACUUUUGACUCAAAAAAAAAAAUCUUAAAAGGACAGUUCACCCAAAAUUUUAAUUCUUUCAUCAUUUACUCGCAUUCAUGUUGUUACAUUUUUGUACAUCCAUUGAAAGUUCAAACAACCAAAACUUGUAUGUAUCAUGUAAAAGUAACUUUUAUUUUCCAUUGAUUAUUGAACGGUGCUUCAAAUGUUUUUUGUUUUUGUUUUGUUUGUUUAUGAAAAAUUUGACCUAUAUAAUAGUAACUGCUUAUGUGUUCUACUGGAAAAUUCAUAGGUUUUAAGUGAGGUGAGGGUGGAUUUAAAUUUCAGUUUAAAACAAAUGAUCUGUGAAAAGUGUGAGGCAUUUGAAGUGACCAAAUUUAGAUGUGCAAUGCGAAUGCAUGAUUUUUGCUACAAACACCAACAAUUAUCAAGCAAGUUAAUCAUUAGAGAUAUAAAUAAAUGUUUUUUUCGGAAGUUUCAUUCAUAAGCUGUCUCAGUUUGAAUCUCAGGAUCUCAGGAACUUCUGUUAUUUAGAGGGUGUAAGGCUUUAUCAUGUUACACGCUCUAAACUGAAAAUCAGCUGUCAAAAAAUGAUCUGUGGAGAACUGGUAUGGCAUUUGUCACCCUUGUGGAACAGAGGACAGUAACGAUGCACCUGUGUAUCUGGCAUGAACAUGAAUGUUUUAAAUACUCGUCUAUCUUAGUGAACAUGAACAUACAGUAGACAUUCAAAGUCAGUAAUGCUGCUGCUGUCAGAGAAGUACUGAGAGGAUCAGAUGUCAGUAGGCUCAGAAAGAAUUUUGGACAGCUGUCUGGGAGAUUUCUUAAAUGGGGAAGGGAUCAGUAAUAUUUGUGUGAUUUAAGAAAUGUUUGGAAACUUUUAUUAAAUGAAUGUUCUGGAUGAAAAACAAGCUCCCAGCACAACAUUUUGAAUCAUCCAUCACUUUGAAAAACAAGCAAAAAUGUACAGUGCCCUACACAUAACAUGUGGAUGAAAAAAAUAUAUAUUGUGACCAUGACUUAUUGAUUUUUGGCAACAUUAAUUCAUAAUUCAAUCUUGGCCUCAUUCUGCUAAUUUGUUUCCUCGUUUUAGUUCAGUUGUGGCCACAUUAUUGUUAUUUGUUCCUUUAAUUCUGUGAAUCUGUUGCCCACUAUUAUAUGGUAACCAAAAUUAGGCAACAAAUUAAGUUGUCAGAACAAAAUCUUAAUUUAUUGCCACAAUAUCGAAGGCAGGGCUCAUUAUUUAUGGAGUGGCUCUUACAGU